UAGUUAAAAAACUCGAUCGAAAUGGGUUGUUGUUAUAGCUUCUUCUGCAAAGACGAUACCACCUCUCAGUCUGGAGAGCCCAAUGAAAGGACACAUUUACUAAUAGAUCCCGUCUCGAAUAGCACAAACAUACAGAGAGUGAACAGCGAAGAUAUUUUGAGCAGGAAUUUAAACAAUUUACCAAAGAAGACUGAUGAACAAUCUGCAUUGAAUAGAAUCCUUCAAGAAACCGCUACAAAUGUAAUAGACGUUGCAGCGUUAGAUUCUCACAAUUUGCAACAGCAUGAAUACAUAGACAGAAUGAAAAUAUAUAAUUUCAGAGUACAGCAAGUGUUGGCCUCUAAUAAACAUAAAUACGUGAAGAAAGUCACUUUCAUUUUGCAAGAUAUUCCCAAUCCCGAUAAGGCUCUGAACACCGAACCAAUCAGCGCUGAAGAUUUAAAUAUGAUAACAACCUCGGUGACAUCAGCCGCAGCAGCAAUUAACGAGAUAAAAGUUGAGCACAAAGAAGAUUUGGUCGUUCCUUUUGGUCUCAACAGUUAAAUCUAACGCCAAUGUGCGUUGCCCAAAUUCAACAAUUUUAUUACUUUUAUUAUGAAAAUAUGCCUAAAUUGGAUAUCCAAUAAGCUGCUCUCUGGGCGAUUUUGUAUAUAUAAAUGUAUAUAACUCUAUUGUUGUACCUUCUAAGACAAAUCUGAAAUGUUUAUAUAGAUACCAUUACUAAUGAUUUUAUUUGAUGUAAUAUCUGGCGUUAUUCUAAUAUGUAUUAUUUUAUGAAGUAUUGUAAAUAUGUUUCCUUUUGUGAAUAAAAAUUUAAUGGUAUUUU